AGUCAAGUCAGUGCAGCAGGUCCUGCUCAGAGAAGAGGCAGCCAAAGAUGCCUGUCACAUCCACCCUAGGAAAGGACAGGAAGGCAAUACAGCAAACAAGGGAAUUAAUCCUGAAUGCUCAUGAGUAGCACCUAAAGAGCAACCACAUGAACUUGGAAGGGGACACUUUCUGCUGAUUCCUGAGUUCUGAUUUCACCCUCAGACCUGAUCUACAUCUGCUUGUUUGACUAGAAGACUAUAGGAGCAGUCCUCUGAGAGGCACAACAAGCAGCUGACCAAGACAGAAGCAGAAACUUUCACUCAUCCAAUGGAGAGAAGCUUGUUAACCCUGUGGUUGAAUUAGUGAAAGGCUGGAGAAUUUGUGGAGGAAGGUGAUUUCACUGAAAAACUUGUAAUCUCAACUAACCUGGACACCUGCAAUCUCUCAGAUUCUGAACCACCAUCCAAGCAGCAUGCACUAGCAGACAGGAGCAGUCCUCUGAGAGGCACAUCAAGCAGAUGACCAAGACUGAAGCAGAAACUUUCACUCAUCCAAUGGACAAAAGCUGGGGAACCCUGUGGUUGAAUUGGUGCAAGGCUGGAAGAAUUUGUGGAGGAAGGUGAUUUCACUGAAAAACCUGCAAUCUCAACAAACCUGGACCCCUGCAAUCUCUCAGAUUCUGAACCACUAUCCAAGCAGCAUGCACUAGCAGGAGACAGUGAUGGCAUUAGGACCUUAAUAGGAUCUGCCUGCAGUAGCUGAGUACCGUGAAACCAUCUCCAACUUGCUCCACGGCCGACAGGCCAAGCAGAAGCACCCUGAGCCAGUCCCAGGCUUUGACAGCUGCUGAAGCCCAGAAGCUGUGAUUGGACUGGGGAGACUCUCACUGCCUAUAAUCUGCUGUGAUUCCCUCUUGGAAGAUAACCCACUGCAUUGGACAAUAUUCCUGUAGAUCAAUGUUAAGGGAUCGCUUACACUUGAGAAGAACUACUGAACAGCACGUGCCCGAGGUCGAGGUCCAGGUCAAACGUCGAAGGACAGCCUCACUGAGCAACCAAGAGUGUCACUUGUACCCACGACGUUCUCAGCAACAGCAAGUUCCUGUGGUGGAUUUCCAGGCAGAACUAAGACAGGCAUUCUUAGCUGAGACACCAAGAGGUGGUUAAAGCAGUAUUGCAACUUCAAGGUGGUGGAAUUCAAGGAAAACAGGACCCAUCCUCUGUCUGUGAAACUUUGGUCAAGCUUACAUUGUUUGUUAAUAGCCUGCAUCGAACCUUUAUUUAUAUCCCUUCCCCGAGUAUUAAGGAUCUUGAAAUUUUAGUGUUGACAACGGCUAUUGUGGAACAGCAAUCAUGACUGUGGGUAAGAGUAGCAAGAUGCUGCAGCACAUUGACUAUAGGAUGAGAUGUAUCCUGCAAGAUGGGAGAAUCUUCAUUGGCACCUUCAAGGCUUUUGACAAGCAUAUGAAUUUGAUCCUCUGUGAUUGUGAUGAGUUCAGGAAGAUCAAGCCAAAGAAUGCAAAACAGCCAGAACGUGAAGAAAAACGGGUUUUGGGUCUGGUCUUGCUACGUGGGGAGAACUUGGUUUCAAUGACUGUGGAGGGCCCACCUCCUAAAGAUACUGGCAUUGCUCGUGUGCCUCUUGCUGGCGCUGCAGGUGGCCCUGGGGUUGGAAGAGCAGCUGGCAGAGGAGUGCCAGCAGGUGUACCUAUUCCCCAGGCUCCUGCUGGAUUAGCAGGCCCUGUCAGAGGAGUUGGAGGCCCAUCCCAGCAGGUCAUGACCCCACAGGGAAGAGGCACUGUUGCAGCUGCUGCUGUUGCUGCUACUGCUAGCAUUGCAGGAGCCCCAACCCAGUACCCGCCAGGACGGGGAACUCCACCUCCACCUGUAGGCAGAGCAACCCCACCUCCAGGCAUUAUGGCUCCUCCACCUGGUAUGAGACCACCCAUGGGCCCACCCAUUGGGCUUCCCCCUGCUCGUGGGACACCUAUAGGCAUGCCUCCUCCAGGAAUGAGACCCCCUCCACCAGGAAUUAGAGGCCCACCUCCCCCAGGAAUGCGCCCACCAAGACCCUAAGAUACAGUUGAUAAAUCUCAGCCCUUCUCUUCCCCUACAAUGCUUCUUGUGAAAUUGUGUACCUGCAAGCUUUUUGACCCCUCUUACUGCAUUAACUAUAGAUAAUAAAUACAUAGAGCAAUUCAAUUGGGGUUUUUCUUUGUCUGCUGAUUUUGUUAAAGUUAGAGUGAAACCAAAUGUGUUUCAGUGGUGAAAUUAUUGUUAAAGAUUACUAUAUUAAGUUUAUAUUAACUAAACACAGAUAUGACAUUUGCUCAAGCUAGGUUCUUAGGAUCAGAUAGUUGAAAUAUUUUCCUGAUUUCUGACAUUCACUUCAAGCAUUGGUUCAAAAUCUUACAGAUAAGGAAAAUCAAGAUCCAUUUGCUAAGAUUUACAAGCCAUUCCGGUUCAAUUAAAUAUGUUUCACUUAAAGGUGUGUGAAGAUAUUUAAGCAGAUAUUUAAAUUCACAUCAUUUAUGGCACUGGUAUGUCAUUAUUGCUUAUGAAUUAAAACAUGGAAUGCAAGGUAUUUUCCAAUCUUCCAAACAUGCUCUAUUACUUAGCAGUCUAUAAUUAUGUUUACAACUAUACAUACAUCCAUAUACACACAUACACAUGCAUUCCAUGCAUGCAUGCGCACACACACACACACACACACACACAGACAUCUAUCAUGUACUGGGUCUAUUUUGGUUUUAGUUUGUACAUUUGUUUAGGUGCAUUAAUUGGUAUUAAAUAAAUUAUAAAAUGAUUUUCCUGAAGAAGA